AUGCUAUAGGAGAAUUCAAUGAUAUAAAAUUAGACUAUUUAGGUCAAUCAAUAGCUUUUAAUACAUAAAAAGUAGGUUAAUUAACUAUUGUUAAUUUAAAUUAUGAUGGUAUAAACCAUUAAAGGUUAAAGAUAUUAGUUGAAAGCAUGGUAAUUUCAAAUUAUGAUCAUGAAGUUUGGUAUGGUGUGAUGCUAAUAAAGUUAGUAAAAUGACAGGUGAUGAUUACAAAAAAGUAUUUAGAUGUAAUUUAUAAACUCUUGAUAUUAAAAUAUCAACAUUCGGUCCAAUUUUGAUAUUAACCAUUAUAAGAGUUAAUAUAAAGCUAAAAAUGAAUUGUAAAAUAUUUUUGAGAAGAAUCCAAAUCUUAUAGAUGUAAAUUUUGCUGAAAAUAAUUUAAUAAAAAAGAUAUGGAUUUAUUAUGUGA